AUGGCGCCAAAGCGAGGGAGAAACAGGUCGCCUUCUCCUGACCGGAACGGAAUGUUCGCCGGAAUGGUAGUUUUCAUGGUGGAAACCGGAGUUCAGCGCCGUCGUUUGCAGAUAUGGAAGCAGAAGCUUGUUCAAAUGGGAGGAGUAGUGAUUGAGGAAGAUCGUUUGACAAAGAAAGUAACUCAUGUUCUUGCAAUGAAUGAUGAAGCUCUUGUCGGAAAAUUCCAGAAAGAACCUCUGUCUCAUUUUAAAGGAUGUCUUCUGCGUUACCAGUGGUUAGAAGAUAGUUUAACUUCAGGAGAGAAGGCUGAUGAAGACUUGUAUCUUCUCAAAAUUGACUCUGGAGAAGUUAAAGAGUCUAACAAAUCUUUGCAUGCAACAAGUGGUAGUGAGGAUCAACCAUCAACUCCAAAAAGAGCUAAAGACUCCCCUGAUUCUUCUGAUACAGUAGGCUUAGAAAGCCAAAAGGAUACACAAGGAUCACCUACUAGUUGCAGUGUUCCCUCUACUAGUGCCAGUCCUGGAGUAGGCAUUUCAGAGACUCCCACUAGUCCACACUCAGAGCCUUCAUCGGUUUACAAACCACCGGAUUUGAACAGAAAUAUUACUGAGAUAUUUGGGAAGCUAAUAAACAUAUAUAGAGCUUUGGGUGAUGAUAGGAGGUCCUUUAGCUAUUACAAAGCUAUACCGGUCAUUGAGAAGUUCCCCACUAAAAUUGAAAGCGUUGAUGAGCUUAAGCACCUCCCUGGGAUUGGAAAAUCAUUGGCAGAUCAUAUUCAAGAAAUCGUGACUACAGGGAAGUUGUCCAAGUUGGAACACUUUGAAACAGAUGAGAAGGUUCGUACAAUCACUUUGUUUGGGGAAGUUUGGGGUAUUGGUCCUGCUACUGCGCUCAAGCUAUAUGAGAAAGGACAUCGCACAUUAGAAGACUUGAAGAACGAGGAUUCACUCACGCAUGCGCAAAGACUGGGGUUGAAAUAUUUUGAUGAUAUUAGAACAAGGAUUCCACGCCAGGAGGUGCAAGAGAUGGAACAACUUCUAAAGAGAGUGGGCGAGGAAGUUUUACCUGGUGUAAUGAACUUUUCAGUUUAUCACUUUGCUCUACUUUUGGAUGUAGAAACUUUAACGGCAUCUUUCUUGCAGGUGGAUAUUGUAUGUGGAGGAUCAUAUAGACGUGGGAAAGCUACUUGCGGAGAUCUAGAUAUCGUUAUUACACAUCCUGAUGGACAAAGUCACAAGGGGUUCUUGACAAAGUUUGUAAAGCGUUUGAAGGAAAUAAACUUUCUUAGAGAAGAUCUCAUCUUCAGUACUCACAGUGAAGAGGGUAUAGGUUCAGGGGUUGACACGUAUUUUGGUCUGUGCACUUAUCCUGGUCAGGAGCUGAGGCGCCGUAUUGACCUCAAGGUUUAUCCGAGGGAUAUAUAUGCAUUCGGACUCAUAGCAUGGACAGGGAAUGACGUGUUGAACAGAAGGCUGAGAUUGCUAGCAGAAUCCAAAGGCUAUCGACUCGAUGACACUGGACUAUUCCCAGCUACUCACAGCUCAAGUGGUAACCGGGGUGGUAGAGCAAGUGCUAGCAUGAAACUCUCCACAGAGAAAGAAGUUUUCGAUUUCUUAGGGUUUCCUUGGCUCGAGCCACACGAGAGGAAUCUUUAA